GAUUGAUUCCUCGUGCAUGUGCAUGGUCAGCCAUUUCAUCAAAAUAAAGAAAGAUGAGGAUUAUGAACAGGAAUGAUCUAUUCAUGUGAAUGGGUUUUAUUAGCCCUUAACAACUGCCUGCUCUUGGAAGUUUUUGUCCAUGCGAACAAUUUAGGAUUAAAAGUUUUUUUUUGUUAACAAAUAUGACAGAGUUGCAUUCUCAAUCCCAUUCACAUCUGAAUGAAUUAGGCGUAACAACAACAAUAACAACAGCAUCAACAAUCCAUGCCUCGGAUGCAGGCUCUAUAUCUCUUGAGGUUGAAGAAGUCGCUGAGUUACCUUCACCAAUAGAGGGUGAAGAAGCAGUUAUAGAAGCAGCUUCAAUUGAAGACAGACCAGCUGCAGGCGCAUCUCCACUAACACUUCGACCGCCGCGGAUAUCCAUUUUGACCCCUGCAUUGAUCAUUCCUUUCUCCAUCUUGGGUCUUCUAAUUCGUCUGGGUUUGGUAUCAAUUGAGACUUUUCCAGGACAACAAGUGUUCGCGUUAGCAUGGCCUCAGUUUAUCGGAUGCAUGUUCAUGGGCUUGUUUGUAUCAACAAGAGAAUGGAUCAAUCAGGGCCUUGCCACGAAAAGGAUUACUCACAAGGCUCGUUGGAUAGGACCAUUUAUCUAUGUGGGGCUCUCGUCGGGACUUUGUGGGUCCAUUACCACGUUCUCUUCAUGGAGUUUGGGGAUCUUUGUAGAAAUGAUUAACCCGACCAAGAUCAAGCGUCAUCCGCUACAGAACGUUCUUUCAGCUUUAACGGAAUUGGUUGUAACAUUGGCGUUCUCCAUGGUUGGAUUGCAGUCGGGUAUGCAUCUUGGGGAGGCUAUCCUUCAAAAGGACACCACUGACAACAGUGAUAAUAGCAGCCGCAUGCAGAAUAAACCAGAACCAUUAAAACCUGUAGAGUCGCCUUUGCACUGGACUAUACUCGAUUUUAUCAUCAUUGGAUCAUGUGUUUUGCUCUGGAUUGGCAUGGUCUUGGUAACUAUCUUGAUGCCUCAGGGAUCGUGGACUUCAUGGCGCCAUGUAGUUUUUGCUAUUUGCUUUGCGCCCCCCGGAGCGAUCCUUCGAUGGUACCUCUCACGAUUCAACAUUCGAACGAAACAGUUUCCUGUAGGCACAUUCGCAGCCAACGUCAUUGGAUCCCUCAUAUUAGCUGCUCUUGUGUGCUUGCAGCAUUCAUCUGGGGUUGGAGGAAAGAGUACUCUGAUUUGUCAGGUAUUAAGUGGACUUCAGGAUGGGUUCUGUGGUUGCUUGACGACAAUCUCGACAUUUGCACUGGAGCUGAAGAUAUUGUCACGACGAGCAAGUUAUAUCUAUGGAGUAUCAUCCGUCGUGGCUGCACAGUUGGCGAUGCUGAUAGUUCUAGGGUCUUUUGUAUGGACACGCUCGUCGACGAACAUGGAUGAUCAUGUGUAUGCGCGCAGCCUUUGUUCGAUGUGAGAAGUGGAAAGACAGUUUGUAACACAGAACUUGAACAAUUGUUCAAUACUCAAGAGCUCAAUUUUGUCUUGACCAAAAUGAGCUCCAUCUUUAUCCAUCCAACCAGGAUGUUAAUCUGAUAAUUUGACAAUGUAAAAUUAGAAUGUGUCCCCAAUUGACAGCUGAUACUAUCAUAAUAAGACAAGUGCAAUUGGUGUGGUUGACAGUAAGCAAAAAUGGGGGAGUAAGCACAAUACAGAAAUGAAGAGCCC